UCAACCUUUCAUUUGCACAAGAAUUUGCAAUUUUUUCCGAAAACAUUUCACUACGGAUAUUUUAAUUAAUUACUGUGGUGUUUGUGUAAUAAACUGUAUUUCUAAGGGCCUAAGUCAAUUUAAAAUAUCAGUUAUCCUUUUAAGCCUAUAAAGAGACCAUAAUUGAUAUUGAUUAAAUUUUGCAAUGAAUAAGUUACCGAGGGCUGUUUAUUAGAUCAAAAAGUUCGGAAUUACAAGCUUUCUUUCCACUCUCCAUAAUGGAUCAAACAGUAGAUGUUGUGGAUUUAAUUUCUUCAUUACUGGAUUCUGGCAAAUACAAAGAAGCGCUUAGUGUGCCCAUUGAAGAGAAAUAUGCUGAAAGUUUCAAAGAUAACUGUUGGGACUUGAUAUCAGUUACUGUAGGCAAGAUUGAAAAUGACACAAUAAUCAUCAAACCUUCACUUUACAAUGCCUGUGAAGAGUUGUUAACUAUAAUUGUGCAGUCCGCCCCUCCAGAAGGAGCUCUUUUAGAAUUUAUUGAACAAAUAGAAGUGGCUAAGAACGAUGCACAAUUUGCAAUUAUAUUAGAACCACUACAACAACUUCUGCUUAAAUUGUCUGUAAAACGAGGCAGGUCUCUAGAAUGGUGUCUCAACUCAAUAACCACAUAUAUAGAUGCUAUACCAAUCCCUGAACAUAAAUUAGAAGGGCAAGAACGUCUAUUGCUGGAUUCUGAUAUUAAUAUCAGAAGAAUUAUCAAAGUUUAUUCUUUGUUACCAAGAUUUUACAGACCUUUUGUAAGAGAAAUGAUUGCACCUGAUGCAAAUGUUAAAACAAAAGAACUUAUAUCUGCAUUUUUAAUAAGUUUGCUUGGCAAGCCUUUAAUUUAUGUAGAUUUAGACCCUUAUUCAAACUUAAACAGUGAAGCUAGGCUAUGUUGUGUUGAUAUUAUUGAGGAUAUUAGCAAAUUAUUAAAAAAUGUGAUGAAGCUUUUGCCUUAUGUGGAGUUACAUGAGAAGCUAAAUAGCAAAAAAAAGUCUAAAGCUAUUGCUAACAAUGAAGAAGAGUUACCACCAUUUGAAAACAAUGAAAAAACCAAUCUUACUACAUUAUCAGGACUAUACUAUUCAUUCUUUUCUGGACAUUUUGAUGUACCAAACUUUGCACUUCCACUUGUAUACUCCAAUGAAUAUGUUGUUCACACAGUUUUACUUUGUGUUAUUCAUUUACUGAGCUUUGAUCAAUACGGUCCUCUUACAAAGGGUGUAUCUUUAUGCAAAGAAAUUUUUAAAAAGUACCCUAAGAACAUUUCGUAUAAAAUGCUUACAUUACCAGUCCAUUACAAUUUAUGCAGAAGCUUAAUACAUGUUUCCAUAUAUAGCGGUUACAAGUCAAUCCGCAAAGAUUCUGUUAAAAUUUUAAGUGAUCAUGUUAACAAGUUUGAAUAUAAGGGCAGACAUUUAAUUAUUAAAUACAUGUUAAGUGUUGCUAAUCAUUCUGGUAUAAUAGGCUAUGCUAUCACAUUGUAUAAAAAUUCAUUAAAUGAAGCUUUUAAAGAAGCUCAAUUGCCUGAUUGUUUUACUGGUACAGAAAUGAGGGAUAUGAUUAAUAAAAUAUGUUAUUUGCCACAUGGUGCAGAAUCUGAUCUUGUGGAACUUGCUGAUCAAAUAAUAGCUGCAUUAAAUUUUCUACGUUACCUUGCAUUGAAAGAUGUUGGUAACAAGACUGGAAUCAAGGAGUGCUUUUCAGUGAUUGAAUCAGAUUAUUUGGAAAAGUUGAGGACAGGUUUAAAUAUGUCCAAAGCUCAUUAUGAAGUAAAAUUAAAGGAUAUUGAAGAGGCACAGAAAUCUAAAAAGCCAAAUGAAGAAGUGGAGGUUUCUAUAAAUGUAGCAGGAAAUAUGUUAGAAAAUAUACCUACUGAGAGCAAAAAGGAAAUUUUACAUUCAGGAUUGAAUGCAUUUCAUUUGGUAGAAUGUUUGAUUGCAAGGUUAUCUGAAUCCCUAAGGAAUGGUCGUAGAUUAUUUAUGCCGCUUACGAGUAUGGCGAUCAAUGAUGUCACACACAAAGUACUGCGAAGCUAUUGUCAAGGAGUAAGGAAAGAAGUUGUGGUACCAGCUACUUUUGAUCAGGAGGAUCAUCAAUAUGAAGAAGAUGUGAAAAAACGUAUUUUAUCCAAAGCCCUAGAGUUUGUUACAAAAAGUGGUUGGUCAGUUGACUCUCUAGCUCAAGGAGCUGAGGCUGCUGGGUACCCUGGUGUUAGUCAUGGCUUAUUCCCGAACGGAGGGGGUGAUCUUGUGCACUACUUUAAUGUAACGUGCAAUGAAAAGCUUGUUGAGGAAAUGAAAUCCUGGCCAAAAGAGGAGCUGAAAGAAUCAAAAGUACCUGCACAACAAAUAGAAAAUGCAAUAAUGACGAGAUUAUUAAUGAUUGAACCAUACAAGAGUACCUGGGCUAAGGCAAUGGCGAUACAAACUCUUCCUAAUAAUGUUCCAAAUUGUUUAGCAACACUCCUCUCUUUAGUUGACGAUAUUUGCUAUCAUACGGGUGAUCGCAGUGUUGAUUUCAACUGGUAUAUUCGGCGAGUUGGUUUGGCUGGAAUUUACAAAGCGUCUGAAUUAUUCUAUUUGACGGACAAUAGUCAAAGCAGUAGUGCGACUAGAAGUUUUGUUAAAUCACGUAUACGUGAUGCAGAAUUGAUUCAAAUAGCCCUCAACAUGAAUCCUGUUUCUGUUGCGCCACAAACUUUAACGGCAGCAUUUGUUACGGCAAAAAAUAUGCUGGGAAUAAACAGUUUGAAGUAAUGUUCAAGAUGCUUUAGAAGAAAAAUAGUUGCAGUAUUCUAAUAUUUUUGAUUAUUAUUAAAUAAAAUAGUUUGUUUUUAA